GAAAUGAUCAAGUUGAAUGAAACAGCCGAGAGCCAGGUGACUGAAUUCAUUCUCAUGGGCAUCACAAAUCGGCCUGAUCUACAGGGUCCCCUCUUUGGAGUAUUUUUCCUCAACUAUAUGGUCAUAGUUCUGGGGAACCUGGGCCUCAUCAUCCUAACCAGUGUUGAUUCCCAUUUGCAAACACCGAUGUACUUUUUUCUCAGGCACUUAGCAUAUGUUGAUCUUGGCUAUUCUACAGCUAUUGGUCCAAAAAUGCUGGUCAGUUUCAUAGAGGAGAAAAAUAUCAUUUCUUACAAGGGAUGUGUGGUACAGAUAUUUUUCAUUGCGAUACUUAUAACUUGUGAAUUUUUUAUCCUGUCAGCCAUGGCCUAUGAUCGCUAUGUAGCUAUCUGUAAGCCCCUCCUCUACAUGGUCAUCAUGUCAGAUAAGUUGUGUUGGCUCUUGCUAGCUAUCUCAUACCUCCAUAGCAUUAUUGUUUCCCUACUAAUUACAAUAAAUAUUUUUAACUUGUCCUUCUGUGAAUCUAAUAUAAUACAACAUUUCUACUGUGACAGUCUCCCAUUAUUGUCCAUUAUAUGUUCAGACACAAGUAAGACUGAACUCAUUAUUAUGAUUCUUUCUGCGUUUAACUUGGUUUCUUCUCUCUUGAUCAUCCUUGCCUCCUAUAUGAUCAUUCUUGUAGCUAUAAUCAGGAUGAACUCUGCUGAUGGUAGGCAGAAAGCCUUCUCCACCUGUGGAUCUCAUCUAACAGUAGUAACUGUGUUUUAUGGGACUCUUCUUUUCAUGUAUCUACAACCCCAAUCAAGUCACUCUUUGGAAACAGACAAAAUAGCUUCUGUGUUUUACACUUUGGUGAUGCCCAUGCUCAACCCUUUGAUCUAUAGCUUAAGGAACAAAGAGGUAAAAGGUGCCUUGAAAAGAAUCUUCAAAAAAUUGAUGCAAGUAUUCCAUUAA